GUGGUCGUGGAGUUGUUUUCUCUGCGGGGAGGAGAAAGAGCCGCGGCGGAGCCGGACGGGGGGGAAGCAGCGGGAGCCGAGGAUGGUCGCGGCGGCGGGAAGAGGAGGAUGGAGUCUGAGUAUCUAGACGAGCUUCCAGAAACUGAUGAGCCAGCGUGGAUCUUGGGAAGGCAGCACCACCUUAAAACCGAUAAAUAUAAACUGCUGUCUGAUAUAAGUGGUCGUCUUUGGUUUACCUACAGAAGAAAGUUUUCACCAAUUGGUGGCACGGGCCCAUCCUCCGAUGCUGGCUGGGGCUGCAUGCUGCGAUGUGGACAGAUGAUGCUUGCCCAGGCUCUGAUCUGCCGGCACUUGGGGCGGGAUUGGCUGUGGGAGAAGCACAGAAAGCAGCCCGAAGAAUAUCACAGGAUCUUGCACUGUUUCCUGGACAGAAAAGACUGCUGUUAUUCCAUCCACCAAAUGGCACAGAUGGGUGUUGGUGAAGGGAAGUCCAUCGGCGAAUGGUUUGGACCAAACACCGUGGCCCAGGUGUUAAAGAAACUGGCACUGUUUGAUGAAUGGAAUUCCUUGGCUGUUUACGUGUCUAUGGACAACACGGUGGUGAUUGAAGACAUCAAGAAGAUGUGCUGGUUCCCUUCCCAGAACUGCCCCAGUGCCCACUGCAGUUCGCUGUUGCCCAAGAGCUUGCUCGGCCGGAGCAAGAGCCCAGGAGGGUUCUGCUGCAGCUGGAAGCCCCUGUUGCUGAUCGUACCUCUUCGCUUGGGGAUCAACCACAUCAAUCCAGUUUAUAUGGAUGCUUUUAAGGAGUGUUUUAAGAUGCCACAGUCCUUGGGAGCCUUAGGAGGAAAACCAAACAAUGCCUACUAUUUUAUAGGAUUUUUAGGAAAUGAGUUGAUCUAUUUGGAUCCUCACACUACCCAGCUGUUUGUAGACUCUGAAGAAAAUGGUAUGGUAGAUGACCACAGCUUCCACUGCCAACAAGCACCGCUUCGGAUGAAGAUCCUGAAUCUGGAUCCCUCUGUAGCAUUGGGCUUCUUUUGUAAAGAAGAAAAGGACUUUGAUAACUGGUGUAGCCUGGUGCAAAAGGAGAUUCAUAAGCAACAGAGCCUGCGUAUGUUUGAGCUGGUUCAGAAGCACCCCCCACACUGGCCUCCUUUUGUACCUCCUACGAAACCCGAAGUAACAACAACUGGAGCAGAGCUCAUUGAGUCCACGGAUAAGCUCUUUGAACUGGAAGAAGAGUUUGAGAUCCUGAGCGUCUGAAGGAAGCAUCCGCUGACCUUUUGUGUGCCCGUGUGUAGCAUAUGCCGGUGUCUAAGAACACACAGCCUUUCUAGCCCCAAAGUGCCUGAAUAUGACCCACGAAC